UAUAUAGAUGUAUACAAAAACUUUCUUUUCUUUUCUAAUUGAUUUGAUUACUUCUUCAAAGACAAUUACCCGCUAUGUGUCAAAAGAUUAUUCUUUUAUCAACCUAUACAUAUACUUUUCUUUUACAAUUUAUUCUACUCUGACACUAUUUAGAUGGUUUAGCCUCGAUUCGUCCCUAAUUGAUUUCUCAAUUCGUCCCUCGUAAAUUUUAUUCUUAAUUCGUCCCUUCUCAUUUCGUCCCUUAAAAUUUUUUUCUUGAUUCGUCCCUUCUCGAUUCGUCCCUUCUCGAUUCGUCCCUCAAAUGUACGCAUAGGCUAAAUUAUUCAGCUUUUAAAUUUAUUUAAUAAACUUUGUAAAAAGACCAACACUAAUAAUUAACAAUAUAUAAACAGCUACAAUUCAGAGCCGUUUAGGAUGCUUAAAAAAAGAAGCUCACUAUCCUAUAUAAACUUACGGAUAUUUAGUAGAGGAGUACACAAAAAUUCUCCGAAACAUAAAAAGGCAGAUCAUUGGUUUCUUGGUGCCAUUGGUUUAGCAUUAAUACCAGCCGACAUUGUUGAAAGUACUUGGACGGAUAUUAUGGAUUUAUACACCCCAGAUGAUGUUAAUGCUACUGGAUUCAAUGAUUAUUUAGUCAAACCUAUGUAGAUAUUAGGUUAUAUGGGAUUAAUAUAUGGAAUGUGCAUGAUGCAAUAAUUAAUGAUUUACCAAGGACAAACAAUCAUGCUGAGGGGUACAAUAGUCGUUUGGAAAGUAAUUUUCCAAAACACUCACACAUUUAUCAUUUUGUUGAAUUGUUACGUGAUGAACAUUUAUAUCAACAUCAUAGAGCUGAAGAAUUAGAUAUGCAAAUAAGGAAACGAAAAAAAUUAAACAAUAAUAUUGAUAGUAAAUUAAAAGAAUUACAUGAAGAACACAUAAAAGGAACAAUAACAAAUGCUGAACUGGCUAUUAAAUGUGGUAGGGUUGUUAAAACAACCCCAAUUAAAACAUGA